GAGCCGCCGGGAUAUUUCUCUACACGGACCAAAUGAAUGGCAGCCCUUUACUUCCACUCCUUGGAAUAGUGCGCGUGAGUCUGCCUGGCGAGUUUUGGCCAAGGACCACUAUCCCUGUCCUGGAUUUCAAAGGUGUCCAGCAAUAGCGGAAUGGAUAGAGUGACUCAUAAGAAGGAGAGGAAGGGCCCCAACCACGAUACCGGAAGCUCCACUGAAAGAAGGAAGGGCGUGAAGCAGGACAGUCCAAGGAAAAAGAAGGGCAGUUUAAGCAGCAGGGAUGAAGUAGAAAACUGUAAAGAGAGGGACAGCCGCGCGAGUAAGCCCGCUUCUGUGGAGAACGGCAGAGCGGGGGAGGCCGGGAGAGGAGGACGGAAGAAGCCGAGAGGGACCGGAGAAAAGGGGGGAGCGGAUGGAGGGAAGGGAGGGGAAAGAGGAGGCAAAGGGAUGAGAGGCGACGGAGGAAGGGGGAGAGAGAGAGGGCAAGGUGCAGUGAGAGGCGGCGCUGGCAGAGGACGAAGAGACGAGGAACAAGUCACGACUGUGCGAGCGUUAGCGAGACAAGAUAUAGUUGGUCAGCGAAGGGGAGCGCAUGGUGGCGAGAGAGGGAGGGGAGGACGGGGAGGUGAGAGAGGAGAUGAGGCCAGAGGAGUAGGAGGAGGAAGGCCAAAGAGGGAUAAUUGGGGGAGGUCAAAUUCCUCAGCAAGGGCUCAGACACCACACAGUUUGAUACAGAGCCUCGAAACACUGAAGAAGCUCUCUGGGAAAGACCCAUCAGAGGUCGCCAUCACCCUCUCUACCGACGUGGCCUUGCAACGCCUCCUGAAUGAGAGGGUGAUGAGCUGGGACACGGUGCAGCUUGUCUGCCUGGUCCUCAGCAAGGCCUUCCUGGCGAAGGAUGACCGGAGCACACUCCGUUACCUGGCCGGCGUGGUUAAAGACUCAGAGUUCCUCCUCACCAUACUGCCCCUCCACGUCAGCAGCGUGUGUUCAGAGGUCGACUCUGGCGGCAAGAGACAGCAACCGCAGCAUCUGGACCACAUCUUGUUUCUAUUAUCCAAGGUGUUCAGCGUCUUUCCAGGCAGCUUGGUCAACACGGUGUCCAUGCUGGCCACCCUGCUUCAAGCGUCCAUCAGCAGACUGACGGCGCUGGGCGUGGACGUCCAUCCUGAGACGAAGAGGAGGCUGGAACAGCUUCAGGGUUUGGUCGACCUCUCUCAGCAGAAGUUAGCGGAGGGAACCCUCUAUCUAGACAGGCCCGCCUAUGCCCCUCUAUCCACCAGCAGCGACAAGACUGGUGGAGAGGAGGAGCAGGACUUCAGGGACAUAUCCAUCUAUCCAACCUACGAAGAGUUCCACCAAGAUCAGAGACCCGCCCUUCAGGUCAACCUCACCAGUCAGCGGUACGCAGACACCCAUCACUACCUCGACACCCAGUUCCGGCUGCUGAGAGAGGACUUUGUGAGGCAGCUCCGCGAGGGCAUUCACCAGCUGCUGCACAGUCAGCUGGGCGUGGGCGGAAAUGGCAACCCCUCGAAAAAGAAGCAGUCUGAUGACAUCACAGUGUUUUCCGACACGCGAUUUGUGGUGCCGGUGUACACGCACGCAGGCCUGGCCUACACAGUUCGCUUCGAUUCUCGACCUCUGAAGUCCGUACGCUGGGAAAGCUCGAAGAAGUUGAUCUACGGCUCGCUGGUUUGCCUGUCGUGUGACAACUUUGACAGCUUCCUGUUUGCCACGGUGUCGAAUCGGGAGCCCAAAACUCUGAGGACUGGGCACGUCCAGCUCAUUUUCACCGAGGACAGCAGAUGCAAGCUGACCCAGAUCCAGAUGGACCAGUCCUUCCUGAUGGUGGAGACCCCAGCCUACUUUGAGGCCUACCGUUAUGUCUUGGAGGGUCUACAGGAGCAAAAAGAGGAUGAGCUGCCCUUCCAGAGGUACAUCGUGGAGUGCUGCACGGAUGUGCGCCCCCCUGCUUAUCUGCUAAAAACAGAUAUUUACGACCUGUCGUCCAUCACUGACCCGAAGCACCAGCGCAGAGCCCGGCUCUUCCACAGCCUGCGGUCGGAGGCUUGGCCUAGAAAGGAGGAGCUGGGUCUGGAUGAGUCUCAGAUGAAGGCCCUUCAGCUGGCCCUCACCAAGGAGCUGGCCAUCAUACAAGGACCUCCUGGCACCGGAAAGACCUUUGUUGGCCUAAAAAUUGCUAAGGCUAUGCUGACCAAUCACAACCUGUUCAAAAACACUCCAGUACUGGUGGUGUGCUACACAAACCAUGCCCUGGAUCAGUUCCUGGAAGGUAUCCACAGGUUUCUGCCGGAGGGCAUCGUGAGGGUCGGAGGCCGCAGCAACAGUGAAGUCCUGAAGCCUUUCAAUCUGCGGGAGAUCUUCAGGUCGUCGAAGUUCAAACUGCCCAAACACAUUCGCCACGCCUACAGCGAGGUCUACAAGCAGAUGCUGCAGGAGGAGCAACACCUGCACACUCUGAUUACCAAGAUGCAGAUAAGUCAGCGGGGUUUGCUGCAAGCAACCGUCCUGCAGAGGUCCAUUUCACCCCAGCACUGGACCAGCCUGCACAAGCCGCCGACACGGGAUGAAUGUGGGACCAUGGAUGAGAAGGCAGAGCUGAUGAUGCGCUGGCUGGGUUUGGAGUCCACCGUCUUCCAGCAGAGGGCGACAGAGAACGUAAAACCACAGACAGGCGACGCUGAUGUGACAAUGGAGGAGGUGGCGAUGGAGGAAGAUGACCUGCUUUACAUCGCAGAGGAGGCCGAUCUGAUCCAGGCGGAGCGGAUCAUCGAGGAUGUCUAUGAUCAGACAGACUGUGGAGACAGGCAGAAGAGGUCCGAAGACAUGGAGAAGGCCACCAGAGAACUGGAGGGAGCGAUGCUGGCUAUGAACCUGGAGGACUGUGAGAUACAAGCAGAGCAGAGCGAGGAGGGAUGGGAGUUCCAGCGAGAGUACAGUAAGAAGAUGAAGGACAGCAUCAAGAGGGAGCUGAACAAUAGCUCGACUAUGACUGAGGAAGAAGAGAGAGGCGUCCUGGAUGUCUGGAGACUCCAUUUGGAAGACAGAUGGCGACUCUACAGGUUGUGGGCGUCGCGGUUCAGAUCGGAGGUUUGUGCGGAGGUGCAGGAGUCUGAGCUGGCCUACCAGAACGCGGCAGACCGGCUGGCCGACGUGCAGCGCCACAAAACCCUCUGUGUCCUCAGCCGAGCCAAGGUGAUCGGCAUGACGACAACGGGUGCGGCCAAGUUCCGGAAGGUUCUCCAGGAAGUGUGUCCAUGCCUGGUGAUUGUGGAAGAGGCCGCACAGGUUCUGGAGGCCCACAUCAUCACCACACUGAGCCAGGCCUGCCAGCACCUCAUCCUCAUAGGAGACCACCAGCAGCUGCGUCCCAGUGCGACGGUGUAUGAUCUGGCUAGGAACUACAACCUUGAGGUCUCCAUGUUUGAGAGGCUGGUGAAAAUGGAAUUUCCGUACGUCCGACUCAGCCGCCAGCACCGUAUGAGGCCAGACAUUGCGCGAUUGCUGACCCCACACAUUUACCCUGACCUGGAAAACCACUCUUCUGUCCUGGACUACGAGAGCAUCAAGGGCCUCAAAGAAAGCUUGUUCUUUGUGGAGCACAACCACCUGGAGAGAGAGUCCAAAGAUACCAAGAGCCACCAGAACCAACACGAGGCCAUGUUUUUAGUUUCUCUGUGUCGCUACCUCCUCUUCCAGGACUACAAACCAGAGCAGAUUACCAUCCUCACCACUUACACCAGCCAGCUGCUCUGCCUGGGCAACCUUAUGCCUGCUAAACAGUUUGCAGGGGUCAAAGUGCUUGUGGUAGACAAAUACCAAGGGGAAGAGAACGACAUUGUCCUGCUGUCGUUGGUCCGCAGUAACGCGCAGGGCAAGGUUGGCUUUUUGAGCAUCCCCAACCGCGUGUGUGUAGCGUUAUCACGCGCCAAGAAAGGGCUGUACAUUAUUGGAAACAGCACACUGCUGGGCAGAGUCAAACUGUGGAGCAACAUCUUCCAAACCUUGGGAGAGAAUGGCCAGAUGGGUAAUGCGCUUACUCUGUGCUGUCAAACCCACCCAGACCGACAGGUCCAAGUCUCUUGUGCUGAGGAUUUCAAACAAGCGCCCGACGGAGGCUGUGAGAAGCCUUGCAGCUAUCAAUUGGAUUGCGGCCAUGUUUGCACCAGAUUCUGCCACGCCUAUGACCCUGAGCACAAGAAGUAUAGGUGUGUCAAGAAGUGUGAGAAGGUUUUAUGUGACCUUGGACACCGGUGCCCACUGGAAUGCUGUCAGACGUGUCCUGGGAAGUGUUCAGUAAAGGUUGAGAAGACCAUACCAGUGUGUCAACACACACAGCUGGUUCCUUGCCACCAGGACCCCAAUGUGUUUCGCUGCCAGGAGCCCUGCCAAAAAACGCUCCAGUGUGGACACAAGUGCAAUUUGGUUUGCGGGGUGCCGUGCACCUCUGAAUGCCAAGUGGCGGUUACCUUCACGCACAAGUGUGGACAUAGCCAGGAAGGCACCUGCUAUCUCAAAGAACAGGGAAUGGUGCCAAAUUGUGCGACCCCAUGUCGCCAACUGUUGAAAUGUGGUCACAAGUGCCGCGGGAAAUGCCACAAGUGCCACCAGGGGCGCUAUCACAUCCCGUGUUCCCAAAAGUGUAAACAUCUCCUGAUUUGCUCCCACAAGUGCCAGGGAACCUGCACUCCUUAUUGCCCUCCUUGUGGGCUGCCGUGUGAGAAUCGCUGCGUUCACCGUGAAUGUAAGAACCAGUGCACCCAGCCCUGUACCCCGUGUUGUGAGCCCUGCGCUCGGCAGUGCCCUCACCAGAAAUGCAGUAAACUCUGCCACCAGAUAUGUGAUUGCCCACCUUGCACUCAACCCUGUGCCAAGACCCUGGUCUGCGGCCACCCAUGCAUCGGCCUGUGCGGAGACAAGUGUCCCGACAAAUGUCUGAUCUGCCAUCAUGAGGAGGUUGCCGAGUUGUUCUUUGGCACAGAGAGUAACCCUGGAGCGCGCUACGUUCAAUUAGAAGACUGCGGACACAUUUUUGAGUUAACAGGACUUGACAAAUGGAUGGAUGACCACCAACAGGCUGGUGGAGAAGAGCAAAUGGCUGUAAAACUAAGAGAGUGUCCCAGAUGCCACACCCCGAUUCGUCAGACCCUCCGCUACAGUGCCCAGAUAAAGAGCAGCCUGGCUGAGAUAGAGAAGGUAAAGCAGACGAUCAAUGGACGUCAGGCAGAUAUUGCAAAGCAGAGGGAGGCACUGAAGAAGCAGUGGAUGGAGAGAGAGGAUUUCCUGAAGGAUCUAGCAGUGGAUUGCAGUUACAUCAGUAAUAGACUGAGUUCCCCUCAUCUUGAAGCUAAUGACCUUUUGAUCCUGAAAAAACAAAUGGUUUUCCUUACAAGUGUUGAAAAGCUACUGGAGACAAGCGAGCAGAUGUCCACCACACAAGGCUACAUCUUUCGAAGGAAAUGUGAGGAGUUCUUGAGCUGGCUGGUUGACUUUCAUCAGAAAUUCACCGACCAACAGGUUUCAGAUUUAGAGAAUGAGCUGAUGAGACUCAGCCUCUUGGCCAUACUCAACACCUGCCUCUGCCGAAUGGAGGAGGCAGGAGGAAUAAUGUUUGACGUUGAUCAUGAGUUUCAAUCUAUCAGGCAGGUUCUGGAAAAAGCUGGUCCCUUCACGAAGCAAGAUGAACCUGAGUUGACACAGGCCUUGAAUCGCCUGACUGACAAGCUGCCACACGCCGGCCUCGGAUCAGCAGGGGUGAGCAGGAGAUGAUUUCCCAAACUUGAAGAUACCACUUGGACAAUACCACACAUUCCCCAACUGCCAUAUCUAUCUGAGACAACCUGGUCUCACAGGAAUACGUGAAAUGACCACGACCUCUUAACACUCACAUUAUGUGCCGGCACCAUGGAAGCAAUGCCACUGGACAGUCAAUUAGGACCGGUGUUCAAUAUUUUCUAGUUAACACAUUUUUAUUUUAUUGCUAUUUUUAUUUUCAUUUGACUGAAUUUUUUGUAGCGCCUUAGUUACGAUUUUCUGUUCUCUAAAAACACUGAAUUGUGUGUGAUGUAACUCAUUUUGAUGUAAGGAGGUUAGG